AUGUAUGAAGUAGAUGAAGUGGUUAGCAUUUUCCGCACAGAAAAGGAAGAAUUCGCACAGGACGAGGAAGAUACCCUUGAUAUACCCGUACAUGUAGCUGAGAUGGACCUGUACUCGCCGUCAGCUUCUUCUCUCUCCCUCCCCAGCGAGAGUUACAUCUACUCGCUUUGUCCGUCCGGCGCGUCGUCCCUGGCCGCGAUAUCGUCGGAUAAUUCCCUGCGUCGCUUUGAUCGCAACACCCUCGCCCUGCUGCCGGACGGAGUGGUGAAAGAUACACAUCCUGCCGGCGUGAGCUCGCUGUGCACUGCUGAUGGCGACGGACUGCUGGCGACCUGUGGGAAGGACGGGACGGUGAAGGUCUGGGACGGCCGCAGUUCUGGUGCAGUAGCUGUGUUUGAGACCGAGAAAGGGAUGCCGCUGCUCUCAGUGGCAUGUAAUGCGUCUUCACACUCCAUCGUCGCGGGCACUGAGCUGGUCAAGUCCGAUGCCUUCGUGCUCUUCUGGGACAUUCGAUCACCAGGGAAACCUCGCCGUCAGCUUGUAGAAAGCCAUAAUGACGAUGUCACAGAGGUCCAAUUUCACCCUGCUCGGCCAUCAGUGCUCUUAUCCGGCAGCACAGAUGGGCUAGUCAACAUAUACGACACCACUGUAUCUGACGAAGACGAUGCUCUGUUACAGGUCAUCAAGCACAGCUCUAUACACCAUGCCGGGUUCGUGGAUGAUACCGCCGUCUACGCACUAUCGCAUGACGAGCUCUUUUCCGUACACCCCAUAACCUGCGCCGACGAGGAUGAACCAGUCGAUCAAGUGAAGGCUGUAGAGUUUGGUGAUUUACGGCCCAUCCUCAAGGCAGAGUAUGUCGUGCAAGUGCUCGUUGAUAAAGUAGGGAGCUACGUUGUCUCGGGGAGGACGAGUGACCGGAGCCUAUCGCUGACUCCAUUGCUACAUACGCCGGAGUUCCACUUUGAUCAGUCAAACUCGUGGACUCUACCUGGUGCGCAUGGUGCGCAUGGGGAAGAGGUUGUGCGUUCCGUCUUCUUUGAUAGCGAGUCGCGAACGGUCUUUACGUGCGGUGAAGACGGCCAUGUUAGAGUAUGGAAGGAGAAGGAGUCGGUUGCUACGGCUGAACCUGAUACGAUUGCUUCGAGACGGCCAACGAAGCCUUCACGGAAGGAAAAAGGGUAUAAACCAUACUAA